AUGACCUCCGCAAACAAAGAUGUACGGUUGAAUAAUUCCAAAAACGCAGCUCAUUAUACUCCACCUGGUGCCGUUGCCUCGGAAUGCGCUCCCGAACAGAGCAUGCCGGAUAACAUGUUCUCAGCCGAGGAAGCACCGCCGCCUAGCCUCGAUCGCGUUGGUCAGCAACAAACGUAUGAGCAAGAAUGGGUAGCUUUGUGCUGCCGGGUGGAGCAGUCUGCCGGACCAAACAUAGGGAAUUUGCCUCUGGGCACACAGAUGGAAAGAGAAGAAGUUUCGCCCGAUGGGCAAAAGAACCAGCAAGCAUCACAAGCAAAGCUUGGGGAACAGGGAGGAGACAGGCCACAACGUGUCGCAGAGAACCUUGGACAGGUUGGAAACUAUUGA